CUCCUCGGAGGCCUUUUAUUUUGGCUUACUCAGCUUGGACAACUUGUGCAGGUUUGACUGCCACUGCCCCAGUGAUACUCUGCAAUCCAGGGAAGAUGCGUGGGAAGUGAAGGAAUGAGGGCAUGAGUAAAGCAGGGGUGCCCUCCUACAGCAGCCAUGUUACACCAAGCCUGGCAGCUGUAUGGGAGGUGGUGGCGUUGGUCCAGUCCUUUUAUCCAUCUCCUCACGCUGACUGUGGUGACAUUUGGUGUGCUUGCACCUUUGAUUUGCCACCGGCUCCUCCACUCUUACUUCUAUUUGCGGCGGUGGCACCUGAACCCCAUGAGUCAGGAGUUCCUGGAGCAGAACCGGCAGGAGGGCCAGGCUGCACUCCAUUACUUUGAGAAGCUUCAGAUACCAAAUACCUCCGAGGCCUCUGGCAGUGAUGCCUUCCAGCCCUUGCUGCUUGUCACCAUUAUCACUGUGCAGAGGCGGAAUGAUUUCCACUAUGUCUUGCAAGUGGCCUCCCGCUUCCACCGUCUCCUCCAGAAAUGUGGUGCACGUUGUCAGAGCCACCGCAUCCUCCUUUGUAAUGUGGAGUCAGAUCCCAGUAGCCAUCAGGAUGUCAGGCUGCUGAGCAGCUUCUUUCCUAUGGUCAGUCAUGACAGAACAGGUGAGAACCCUGACCCCAGAAUGAACCAGUUUGAGAAGGAGAAGCAGGACUAUGUCUUCUGCCUUGAGCAGUCACUGUUGGCGUACAACCCAGAAUACAUCCUUGUAGUGGAAGAUGAUGCUGUGCCAGAGGAGGACAUAUUUGCUGUCUUGCAGCACCUCUUCUUGAUCCGGUUCUCCAAACCAUACCUCAGAGAUGCACUCUAUUUCAAGCUUUACCAUCCUGAGAGGCUUCAGCGCUACUUUAACCCUGAACCCAUGAGAAUCCUUGAGUGGCUAGGUCUGGGCAUGUUUCUGGGACCCAUGCUGAACUGGGUGUACUCCUGGGCAACUGGGCGCCCCAGCCUCUGUUGGCCCCUUGUCUUGUUCUUUGCUUUGUACAGCAUGGCUUUGUCAGAGCUGGUGGGACGGCAUUACAUGCUGGAGCUGCGCCGGCUGGCUCCCACACUCUAUAAUAUCGUACCAGUCACUGAAUGCUGCACACCUGCCAUGCUUUUCUCUGCUCCAUCUGCCCGCCGUGCCUUAGGCUACCUGAAGGGGAUGCACUGCCGCCAGGGUUUUGCUAAGGAUAUUGCCCUCUACUCGCUGCUGCAUACUAAGGGGGAGAAUGCUUAUGUGGUAGAACCCAACCUGGUACGGCACGUGGGAAUGUAUUCCAGCCUUCGCCUAAAUGAUAACCCGAAACUGCUAUGACCUUUUCAUGCCUUUACAGACACGCAGCCCAGAGAGCUUGUCACUGAACAGAGAGAGACAGCGUGCAAACUCAGGUGUUGCACUGUUAUCACUGGGCAUCCUGUGCCUCCAGGUGAACGAAGAGUAAGUCUAUUUAAAAGAACGAAGUUUCUCAAAAAAUAAACGUACACAUGUACAGACCCUGUUUAAUAUAUAAUUGGGCCUAAACACUAUUGCACCAUGCGUGAGGGGAGUGGAGGAUUCCAGCUGGGGGUGUGGAUUGUCAACUCUCUUUAAUCAUUACUAGGGAAAAGCUCUCACACCAAUAUAAACCGCUAUAACUGCCUGCUCUCCUUUACACUGGUUA